AUGGAUUUGGUUUUUAGUGAGCCACAUCCUGUUAUCGUUCCCAGUUUGAUGUGUGGCCAUUCUAACUGUCUGUGUGGCCACAGAUUAGCUGCCAUGUCCCAUAUAACUUGUCUUGGCGCGUACGUGCAGUGCAGUAGUAUGUGUUCCAUGUCCUCGUUAGGAUGGCCGCAACUGUCGCACUGUGUGCAGUGCUCGUAUUGCGGUAUGUUCUCCCAGUACUGUCCUACCCUAUGUGUGUUGUGUAGAGCUUUGUAUACGAACUAG